CGCAUGUGCACAUGCCCAGUCGGGUAUCAGGAAGGCCCGGCAGACGGAGCCCAAAGUCUCCGCGGGCCCAACAGCCGGCUCCAGGGCCUCUCUCCUCGAGGCAAGGCGGUUUUCGCGGGCAGCGGCAGCAGAGGCGAGGCUUCCUCACACCUGCCCAGCGGGCGGCGUUCCCGGGGAAGCCUAGAUCAAGUUUAUUUAGGAGCUGUAUUUGGUGACUGGCCCAAAAGCCAUGAAUUAUUCACGAUUUAUAACUGCAGUAAGUGCAGCAAGAAAAGCCUCUCCAAUAAGAGUGCUGACGGAACUGAUGCAGACGUCUCCCCCAUCACUCAUUUCCCUGGCUGGAGGAGCACCAAAUCCCAACACUUUUCCUUUCAAAGCAGCAAGCAUAAGCAUUGAAGAUGGAACAAGAGUUGAAAUUGGGGAAGACUUGAUGAAGAGAGCUCUCCAGUAUUCUGCCUCAGCAGGCAUCCCAGAGUUGUUGUCGUGGCUGAAAGAUUUACAGAGGAGUCUUCAUAACCCUCCAACAGCUGACUAUAGACCUGAAGAAGGAAAAAUGGAGAUGUGUGUCACCACUGGCAGCCAACAAGGCUUGUGUAACGUGUUUGAGAUGCUUAUUAAUCCUGGAGACACCAUCCUGUUAGAUGCACCCAGCUAUCCUGGGACACUCGCAGCGCUGAGACCAUUGGGAUGUAACAUCAUCAGUGUUCCCAGUGACCAUCAUGGUAUUAUUCCCAAAGGCCUGAAAGAAAUUCUUUCCAGAUGGAGUCCAGAAAGUACAAGAAAAGUCAACAGCGACCUCCCCAAAUUUCUCUACACAGUUCCUAAUGGCAGCAAUCCCACUGGGACCUCAUUGACAACGGACCGCAAGAAAGAGAUCUAUCAGCUUGCAAGGCAAUAUGAUUUCCUCCUAAUAGAAGAUGAUCCAUAUUACUUUCUUCAGUUUAGUAAGCCUUGGGCACCAACAUUUCUCUCAAUGGAUAUUGAUGGUCGAGUUAUACGGACGGACUCUUUCUCUAAGAUCCUGUCUUCUGGAUUAAGAAUAGGCUUUCUAACUGGUCCCAAGCCUCUCAUUGACAGAGUUAUUCUACAUAUACAGGUCUCUACGAUGCAUACCAGCACUUUCACUCAGCUUAUGAUAUCCCAACUUCUUCAGCAGUGGGGUCACAAAGGUUUCUUUGACCAUGUAGAUAGAGUGAUAGAAUUCUACAAGACACAGAGGGAUGUGAUGCUUACCGCAGCAGACAAGUGGCUAAAAGGCCUAGCAGAUUGGCAUGCCCCUGCUGCUGGAAUGUUUCUCUGGCUUAAAAUUAAAGGAAUUUCUGACACACAACACCUGAUCAUGGAAAAAGCUUUGGAGAAACAAGUGCUACUAGUUCCUGGGCGAGCGUUUAACAUUGAUAGUUCUGAACCAAGUUCGUAUGUCAGGGCUUCCUUCUCAUUAUCGUCUCCAAGCCAGAUUGAUCAGGGUUUUCAGAGGUUAGCAGAGCUCAUCAAAGAAGCUAUAUGAGUCCACCAAAUAAAGAACCCUUAAGAAACCAGAAUAACCUUCAGUAGAAACGGCAACCCUUAGAGCCUCCAACUUUUAAAAAAAAGUAUACUGCGAUACAGUGUAUGUGUUAUUCCUUGUCCUACUGCUGUUGUGUUCAGACUGCAUCUAAAUGUCUUGGAACAUUGUGUUAAGUAAUGUAAGUGGCAAGGUUUAGACUAACCACACUGUCACUGCAAUCUUAUCACCAAUGAAUGAUAGACCAUCUGUUUGAAAAGAACUUAAUACAUUUCUGGCUUGGCUUCACAGAGUUGCUCUUUUUUGUUUUGUUUUAAAGAUGAGCUUGAUGAAAGUGCAAGUCUUUUCUAUGGGUAACACUGCUGUAUUUGUUAUGAAUUGGAAAAAAGAAAAUAAUUACAAAUACUACCCUAUUAAGUUUUUUUUCAAUUAAACCAUGAACAUAUGCAA